ACGCCUAAGGAUGACAUUGUGCUCAUUAGCUCAUGGCUUAACACAAGUAAAGAUCCAGUUGUGAGCAAUGAACAAAGGUCAGACGCUUUCUGGACAAGAGUAGCGGCUUACUUUGCGGCAAGUCGUCAAGAUGGUGGAUGUGACCAGAGAGAAUCUAGGCAUUGCAAGCAACGUUGGCACCGGAUCAAUGAUCUCGUGUGCAAGUUCGCUGGAGCCUACGCAGCUGCAAGCAGGGAGAAGACGAGCGGGCAAAAUGAGAAUGAUGUGCUGAAACAAGCACAUCAGAUAUUCUACACUAACCACAAGCAGAAAUUCCUCCUUGAACAUGCCUGGAAAGAGCUGAGGAACGACCAAAAGUGGUGUGAGCAAGCGUCUGCUAAAACCGAAGGAAGCUGCAAAAAAAGAAAGGCUGAGGAUGGUGCUGGUUCUUCAAGCUCCCAAGCAACUGAAAUGAAGCGUCCAGCGGGUGUUAAAGCCGCCAAGGCUAGUGGCAAGAAGACUGUGGCUGAGGAGAAUGCGAUGAAGGAGUUUCACAGCAUGUUGUCAUUAAAACAACAGGAUCUCGCCGUGAAGGACCGCAUGUCUAAGAUGAGCCUACUGGAAAGUCUGAUAGCCAAAAAAGAUCCCCUUGUCGAGUACGAAGAAGCCCUGAAGAAGAAGCUGGUUGAUGAGUUGAUGUUGUCUUAAGUUCCAUGGCUCUGUGUUCUUGAAGUUUCAUCUGUUGUUCUCUUUUUAUUAGUAUCUUAUUGUGUCUGAAUGCUCUUGAUGUUGAUGUUGUCUUAAGUAAAAUGUUGUUGUUAUGUUCUUGUUAUGGUUUGAUCUUGUAAUGGAUUUAAAGUUUAAGUUAAAUGUUGUUGUUAUGUGUUCUCAUUCGGUUA